UAAAUAAAUAAAUAAAUUGUAACAUUUUACGAAACCAGGAUAUAAAUGAAUAACGAACAAUAAUCAGAGAGUAUAUAUAUAUAUAUAUGUGUGUGUGUAACAAACGAAUAAAUAAAUAAAUAAAUAAAGUGAAGGAAACACGAAUCCGGCACAGUGACAACGAUACUGCACGAGAGAGAAGACGAGAGAUAGAAUAUAGUAUCAAGGAAGGAUAAAAAGGUGGAUCGGGGAUUAAGUGACGAAGGUUAGGGAGACAAAUGCGACCGCGUAAGCCGAUACCCUGGUUCCCAAUAUUCGCGAACAAGCCAUUCUGAAUCGUAAAAUCAGCGAAUCGGUUGUGUCGCGAUCACCGGGACACUCGGCUGCCCGUAAUCGGCUCGAACGAUGAUGCCCUCGGAGUUCCGGAGGAUUCAUUUCACCAGGACGAUACUUGAAAGCGACACGACGUUGCCAUCGAUGAUCAUUCCCUAGACGACCACCAUCGAUGGCUAGGCUAAAGUAAGGAUCUCGAAAGUGGAAAGAACCGCGGAAGCCUCAUCCUCAUCCGCUGACAAGGAAGUUCCACAACUGUGAAGCAUUACAAGGAACACAAAAAGUCCGGCGGCUAUUCGGCCCCGGCAAGGGAGGGCAGAGCAGGCCUCAUCAUCGUCAAUGAGACCGUCAUGCUGGCCUUGACCUACCCGGACGGGUCCAGGGUUCAGCGCUGCGACAACCUCCCCGAAACCCCGGCGUCACCUUCGGGACGUCCUUCGAUCCCGCGGCACCGCCGCCGCGUGGAAAAGCCUCUUUUCCUCACCUGGAGCUCGUACAACGCCUCGAGGCGACGACGACGACGCACCUCCACCACCCCCGGGGAUGACGGAGUCCCGAACGAGAGGCGGGACGGCGACCCCCGCCUACCGGAGACCGGGGAGACGACCACCCUAUCCACCGACGAGAAUCCGUCGACGACGGCGACGGGCGCCUGCCGCGAUUACACGCGACCAUCGUCAACGUCAUCGAAAUCUAGUCAUCAUCACCCGGAUGCAGAUCCUUGCCGGCUUUCCCCGCCGGUCAGGAACCCCCAGGAAACCAAAAGAUCGUCCUCUUGGCCUGGAGCCGGACCCCGAGCCAAGGAUCCAUGCCUCCUCCAGGUCCUCCUCAUCCUCGUGCUACUCGCGGUUGGGUGCAACAGACACUGUGGACCCUUUGGGUCGAAGGUUAAUCGCACCGCGUUCGGUGCCCUGGCGAUCGGAUCUGUAAUCGCUGGCGCCGGCUGUGCUCCCGUCGACAUACUCACAGACUCCGGUGUCAGGUCAGAGAGGUCCGCUAAUUUGUCACACAUCACCGGCACCUCACGCAAGAUACGGUUGUACCUGAAUUACCGGUACCUUCAGAUACUUCCGGAUGGCACCGUCAACGGAUCCGAGGACGCAGCUUCUGAUUACACCAUACUUCAGAGGGCGUCGGUCGCCAAGGGACUCCUCAGAAUUCAGGGAGUCGCCACGUGCUUAUUUCUCUGCAUGGAUUCCUGCGGCCUUCCCUAUGGAUCGCGUUACUCCACGGCGGACUGUGUAUUCAACGAGACAAUGGAGCACCACAACUGGAACACGUACAGUUCCAAGCGUUGGUCAACGCGUCGAAAGACGUUGUACCUUGGCCUGAAGAAUGACGGACAGCCAAAAAAGGUCCAUACAAAGGGCCACGAACCGUUGGGUCAUCUGUCGGCGUACGCGACGAUUUUGCCGGUGGCAGUGGCGCCAGAUCGAGUGGAAGCUCUGCAGUCACGUUUAUUGGGCGCUCGUCACAGCGUGCGACACCAUCAUGGCGGGCACAAAUCGAUCUGUCCGAUAUCGAUCGACCCCCAAGAACGCGACAUUUCUCGGUGCCGGAAGCGGAAGAAGAGAAAGAAGCGUCGACGGCGUUGCCGUCCGGGCGAGGCGCCUCUGACGGACAAUUGCGAGGCGCGUGAACCAGGAGUCGAAACGCAGUCAAAACGUUCCUGCGAGGGCGCUGCCGUCGAGGAGGCCUGCAGACGAGAGGCUCUCGAAGCUCCGGCGAAGAAAAGAAAGUCGAGGAUAGGCGACGGGGGUGGAGGCCCCAAGAAGCCGAGGCGUAAGAAGAACGCGGGUCCGACGUUGGGCCCGAAAAAAAAUGGCGGAACACCCGGUCGGCGGAAGGGUUCCUCGAGAACGACGCGGACCUUGGAUUCCUCGCCGGCGAUGACGUCGCCGUUGUUCUGGCCCAGGAUCGCACCCUCGACAGAGUCAUCGGCGGAGUAUUCGGGGCGUCUUCCUAAGCCUGCAGCGGCCUCCCUCUCGGCAGUUUCCGUUGCCGCGACUAGCCUCGCGUCGACCCUGACUCUCACCCUGACCUCCACCACCUCCACAGCCCUCGGAAUAGCCGGCGUCGAUGACGCGAUCAUGCAGUCCGAGGAGAUCGGGGACUCGGAUUAUAUCAAGACUGAGACCCUUGAGGGUAACGGGUUGGUCGACCAGGAGGAGGUCGAAGAGGACGACAACGACGACGACGAGGAGGAGGAGCGAAAGGAAGACGACGAGAAACGCGGAAGGGUGAAGGUUUUUAAAAAAACGGAAUUUCAAAGUCCGGAGAGACUGGCUAUGUGA